GCUUUUGUGCUCCCGCCGCCACUAACGCUCCCGGGCCGGGCCGGAGUGCGCCACGCAGCCAGGGCGUCCGACGGGGAAGAGCGGUGGAGGCGCCGGCCGCCAGCAUGUCGCUGCCUCCGGAGAAAGCCUCCGAGCUGAAGCAGCUCAUCCACCAGCAGCUGAGCAAGAUGGAUGUCCACGGCAGGAUACGGGAAAUCCUCGCCGAGACCAUACGCGAGGAGUUAGCGCCCGACCAGCAACAGUUAUCAACGGAAGAUUUGAUCAAAGCCCUUCGACGGCGAGGAAUCAUUGAUGAUGUGAUGAAAGAACUGAAUUUUGUUACGGACAAUGUUGAUCAAGAACUCCCUUCCUCUCCAAAACAACCUGUUAGUUUUGAUAGACAGUCAACAUUAAAAAAAACUAAUAUUGAUCCAACACGGAGGUAUCUUUACCUUCAGGUUUUGGGUGGAAAAGCUUUCUUGGAACAUCUUCAAGAACCUGAGCCUUUACCAGGACAAGUUUGUUCAACUUUUACUUUAUGCUUACAUUAUCGAAACCAACGUUUUCGUUCUAAACCUGUUCCAUGUGCCUGUGAACCUGAUUUUCAUGAUGGCUUUUUACUUGAAGUACACAGAGAAAACUUAGGUGAUGGAACUAGAAUGGCUGAUUCAACAACAAUGUUGUCAAUAAGUGAUCCCAUCCAUAUGGUGCUAAUCAAAACAGACAUAUUUGGUGAGACCACUUUAGUAGCAUCCUAUUUUCUGGAAUGGCGAUCGGUUUUGGGCUCAGAAAAUGGAGUGACCAAUCUAACGGUGGAACUUAUGGGUGUAGGCACAGAAUCAAAAGUUUCUGUGGGAAUUUUAAAUAUAAAACUUGAAAUGUACCCACCACUCAAUCAAACCUUAUCUCAAGAAGUAGUGAACACACAGCUUGCUUUGGAACGUCAGAAAACUGCAGAGAAAGAGCGACUGUUUCUUGUAUAUGCUAAGCAGUGGUGGAGAGAAUAUUUGCAAAUUCGUCCCUCACACAACUCACGGCUGGUUAAGAUUUUUGCACAGGAUGAAAAUGGAAUUAAUAGACCAGUCUGUUCCUAUGUUAAACCACUUCGAGCUGGACGGCUUCUGGAUACGCCAAGGCAAGCAGCAAGAUUCGUUAAUGUCCUUGGUUAUGAACGAGCCCCUGUUAUCGGAGGAGGGGGUAAACAGGAGCAGUGGUGCACUCUGCUGGCAUUUCUCUGUAGAAACAAGGGUGACUGUGAAGACCAUGCUAACCUUCUGUGCAGCCUUCUUCUUGGAUAUGGGUUAGAAGCCUUUGUCUGUGUUGGGACUAAGGCAAAAGGAGUACCCCAUGCCUGGGUUAUGACCUGUGGAACUGAUGGAUCCAUUACUUUUUGGGAGAGUUUAACAGGACACAGGUACAUCCACAAACCUAUCAAUCCUGAUGAACCUCCACUUGCUGAGCAGCCCAAACCAUUGUAUCCAUAUCGAACAAUUGGUUGUGUUUUCAAUCAUCAGAUGUUCCUGGGAAAUUGUCAACCCUCUGACGCAGUAGAAACCUGUGUAUUUGAUUUGAAUGAUGAAUCCAAGUGGAAACCCAUGAGUGAAGAAGCUAUUAAAUCUGUGUGUGCUCCUGGAGCUACAACAUCCCUUCCUCCCUUUCCACCUCUAUGUGCAUCCACAAUUGAUGCUUCAGUAACAAGUAAUGAAAUAGAAAUGCAGCUGAGGCUCCUCGUGUCAGAACACAGGAAGGAUCUUGGCCUUACUACUGUUUGGGAAGACCAGCUUUCCUAUCUUUUAUCACCAGCUUUGGCUUCUUAUGAAUUUGAGCGUACAACAAGUAUAUCUGCAGGCAAUGAAGAAUUUCAAGAUGCCAUAAGGAGGGCUGUACCUGAUGGUCACACAUUUAAAGGGUUCCCAAUACAUUUUGUGUACAGGAAUGCGAGGCGUGCAUUUGCCACGUGUCUUCGAUCUCCUUUCUGUGAAGAAAUAAUCUGUUGUCGUGGUGACCAAGUGCGACUGGCCGUUCGCGUCCGAGUGUUUACUUACCCUGAAUCUGCAUGUGCUGUUUGGAUCAUGUUUGCUUGUAAAUAUCGCUCAGUAUUAUAGGACUAACAUUUCUAUAAGAUUACACCUGUGUUUUAUUGGAAGUUUACACAUUGUAUAUUGCUAGCUAUUUAGAGGUUCCUUAUUUUAAAAUCACAGUCUGGCUUGGAUGUCAUAUUUCAAUUUUGUAUAUACUUGACUGAUAAUAUGUAGAAAAUCAUGAUGAGUGUAUUUAAAAGUUGCAGAUGAAAAAUUUGUGUAAAUCGGGAUGGAUUUUAGUAUAAAUUAAGUGUAUAUUCUAUUUUAAUAAAUGCUGCUUGUUUACAGGUAUUCAGUAGUUUAAAUAUGAAUAUAAAAUUUACUUGGUUUCUUUUCACUCACAAAUAAUCAGAGUGAUUUGUCUAAGGGUAUGAGCCAUGGGAAAAUCAAUACUGUGAUUAUUUUUCAUAGACUCAUGAGGUUACUUUAUACAAUUAGGAGAAACUUCACAGCAGAUUUAUUUAUUAUAUGGAUAAAAAUACAUUUUGGUGAACUAUCACUUCUGUGGUUUACUUGUGGUUCUAGAGGUAUUUGAGACUUUCCAGAAAAUUAUGGGAUUACUUUGAGGAAAUAAUAGGAAAAAAAUGAUGCCAGAAAAGCAUAAAAUUGAUAAUAAACCUUACAUGAAGUUACAUUAAUAAUUUAUAACUACUUAUUAGCUUGAUUCAUCAUAAAAAUGAAUUGGAUAUUUUAGAAAAAUAUUGCUUUCUGUAAUUAUUUUUUGCAUUCUUUCACCGGUUUUGUGUGUUCAAAGGAUUCAUUUCUUAGUCUCUUCAUGGAUUCCAUCUUCUAAAAUCACUAUUUUUUUGUUGUUAUAAAAAACAUCACUUAAGUGACUAAUGUGAUCAUUGUGAGACCACUGAAAAAAAGCAUUUGUGAGUGACUCUGCUGAUACUUGUUUUAAAAUUGAGCAAGUUUUAAAAGUUAGUGUUAAGUGAGAAAACCUAAGCAUUAAAGAAUCUAGCAAUUUGACUUUCCAACAUUUUAUAAAAAGCUGCCUGAUGUGAUAGGUUUGAUUAUCCAAUUCUACAUCUCUGUGAACGUUUCUUAAUGUAGUUGCUUCAUCCAUUGUUCUGAAAAAUGUAGCUAUACCAAUUUUUUUAAAUGACUUUAAUUCAUUGCAAAGAAACUGAUUUUAUGUUUUUUAAAAAUUAAACUCUAAAGUGUCUUGAAAUUUACUUUUAUUUUUACAUAUAAUAAAUAUUUAUGACUUGUUUAAAAAGUCUGAAAAUAUUAGUAUUUCUGUUCUGAGUUUUAUUGAAGACAGUAAUCACAUGUCUUGUAAGACUGACAUGGCUUUAGAGAAUUCGCAAAGUAAGAUUUUUUUCUUUACUGUUGCCAAAAUUACACAUAAAGCUAUCAAAAGAGAAAAUUGCUUGUAACUUUCAACAUUUGAGACAAGCUGUGAGGCACAUAGUAAGAGGCAGACUAUAUUAAGAUUAAGGCUGAGUUUUCUCAGAGUUACAGAGUAACAUCUGUAUUUCAAAUAUGCUUCUGGUAUAAAUUCUAAAAUAGGCUUGCUUUUUUGUGCACUUUAACAGUUUGGCAUUAAUAUUUUCCCUAAAAAUGAUUAAUCUCAUAAGAUUAUUUCAAUGCACUUAUCACUAGAAUUCAGGUACUUUUACUAGUAAUAUCUUGUUAAGAA